UCCCUCCACACCCAGCCACCACCACCACCACCCAUCUCCUCUCCUCUCCCCCCUCCUCGUCUUCCUUCUCCGACUCCUUCGGGGCUCCUAUCCUUUGCAGCUGACGGAACCGACGAAAGCCUUUCGUUGACAUGGCUGCUUUCGUCCUCUUCCUCUGCUUGCUCGUGCCGCUCGUCCUCGCGUGCGCCGUCCGCGCCAGGAAGAAGGGCGCCGGCGGGAGGUCGUCGUCGGGCGGCGGCGGCGGCAAGAAGGGCGGCAGCAGCAGCCUGCCGCUGCCGCCGGGGUCCAUGGGGUGGCCGUACGUGGGCGAGACCACACAGCUCUACUCCUCCAAGAACCCCAACGUCUUCUUCGCCAGGAAGCGCAACAAGUACGGGCCCAUCUUCAAGACGCACAUCCUCGGGUGCCCCUGCGUCAUGGUGUCCAGCCCCGAGGCCGCCAAGUUCGUGCUCGUCACUCAGGCGCACCUCUUCAAGCCUACCUUCCCGGCCAGCAAGGAGCGGAUGCUGGGCCCCCAGGCCAUCUUCUUCCAGCAGGGGGACUACCACGCCCACCUCCGCCGUCUCGUCUCCCGCGCCUUCUCCCCCGAGGCCAUCCGCGGCUCCGUCCCCGCCAUCGAGGCUAUCGCCCUCCGCUCCCUCGGCUCCUGGGAAGACCUGCAAGUCAACACCUUCCAGGAGAUGAAGACUUACGCUCUGAAUGUGGCAUUGCUGUCCAUCUUCGGGGAGGAGGAGAUGCAGUACAUCGAGGAGCUGAAGCAGUGCUACCUGACGCUGGAGAAGGGGUACAACUCGAUGCCGGUGAACCUGCCGGGCACGCUGUUCCACAAGGCCAUGAAGGCCCGGAAGCGGCUGGGCGCCAUUGUGGCCCACAUCAUCUCGGCCCGGCGCGAGCGCGAGCGCGGGAGCGACCUCCUGGGCUCCUUCAUGGACGGCCGCGAGGCGCUCACCGACGACCAGAUCGCCGACAACGCCAUCGGCGUCAUCUUCGCCGCGCGCGACACCACCGCCAGCGUGCUCACGUGGAUGGUCAAGUUCCUCGGCGACAACCCCGCCGUCCUCAAAGCCGUCACCGAAGAGCACGCCGAGAUCGCGAGGGAGAAGGCGUUGUCCGGCGAGGCGCUGUCGUGGGCCGACACGCGGCGGAUGCGGGUGACGGGCCGGGUGAUCCAGGAGACGAUGCGGGUGGCGUCCAUCCUCUCCUUCACCUUCAGGGAGGCCGUGGAGGACGUGGAGUACCAAGGGUACCUGAUUCCCAAGGGCUGGAAAGUGCUUCCCCUGUUCCGGAACAUCCACCACAACCCCGACCACUUCCCCUCCCCCGAAAAGUUCGACCCUUCACGAUUCGAGGUGGCCCCCAAGCCCAACACGUUCAUGCCGUUCGGGAACGGGACCCACUCGUGCCCCGGCAACGAGCUGGCCAAGCUGGAGAUGCUCGUCCUCUGCCACCACCUCGCCACCAAGUACAGAUGGUCCACCUCCAAGUCCGAGAGCGGCGUCCAGUUCGGCCCCUUCGCCCUCCCCAUCAACGGCCUCCCCAUGACCUUCACCCGCAAGGACAAGAACAAAGCCUGACUCCUCCUCGUUCCCAAAGGAAAAUCAACGGCACGAUAGAGGCGACGCCGUGGCACAUGCGAGCGAGCUGGACCGGCUCCGUCCGCGUCCGCGGCGGUCGCCGUCGGAGGGGACACUUGCAGCCGUGGGCGCCGCGGCGGGAGCGGCAGCGCGCUGGCGGAGGCCGAUCGGAGAGAGCACGGGCCGUCAAAAGUCCUCUGUACAGAUUCUUGAGCCAGGACCAUGACGGCCGGGCGAGACGAGACCAAGAAAAAUCCCGCUCUUGAAAACACACACAGACGUAGGCAUUCUCAGCUAGGGAGAUCCGGCGCCACAAAGAAGUGGCGCCCAACUGUAAAACCAACCAUUUUUUAUCCUUUUUUCCUUGAGAUUUUCAUUGUUUUUGGCAACACCUAUACUAGUAUAGCAGGAGGAGAGAAGAAGACAGCAGACUGACAGGCCCUGAUUGGGGUGUAAGAUGGGCUGCCCGCCUGAAAGCAGGCUGGCAGCUAGGCCGAAUAAUCAAUGGAUCGCGGCAAAGGGCCAAAAGGAGGCCCCCGGGAGAGCGACCCCUCUGUAUUGUUUGUUACACGUCAAUGCAAACUGGAAAAUGGCUUUCGUUUCU